GAAACGUGUGUGAUCACUGAUCGCUUGUGUCACAUUUUGAUUUGUUCUGCUAAGUUUCUGUAUCAGUUUAGAACCGGUGGUCGAUCCUGAAAUAAUUUAUUCUUCUAUCAGAAGAGAUUUCACGACAAGCGAACAAAAAAAUGCCGAAAAAAGCCAAAGCCAAGAAGAAAACUGCCGAUGACGACUGGAACGAUCCCGACGAAGAUCCCCAGCUGGAAAAAGAAAUGAAAGGUUUGAGCACAGAAGACGGCGAGGACGAGGAAUUGGCCACUGGGAAAAAGGGAAAGAAAAAGGACAAAGCAAAGAAAAAAACGAUGAAAGAAAAAUUUGCGUUUCUGGAUGAUGAUGGUGGAGGAGGAGGAGACGAAAAAGAAGAAGACACGGCUGCCCCUGAGACUACAGCUCCACGUACAAAGGGAGGUAAGAAAGGCCAGAACAAGAAGGUUGAGGUUGUGGAGGAUGAGGCAGAUGAGGACAAUGAGGUUGAUGGUGAGGAGGAAGAAGAGAUGGACAGGUGUGCUGUUGUUGACGACGAUAUUCCCGCUCAAGAGGAGGUUUCAGAUGAAAACAAGCCUAAACUAAGUAAAAAAGAAUUAAAGAAACUUAAGAAAAAGAUGGAGUUUCAGAAACAGAUGGAAUUAGCUGGAGCUGCAGAUCAGUUUUCUGUGUCCCAAGCGGAGAAGUCUUCUAAAGCUACGGUGCUGGACAGCCAAGAUAUUAAAAUUGAAAAAUUCUCCAUUUCUGCUCGAGGGAAAGAUUUAUUUGUGAAUGCGUCUCUGAACAUCACUUCGGGAAGACGAUACGGCCUGGUAGGACCAAAUGGGCAUGGGAAGACAACUCUCUUAACGCAUAUAGCCAGUCGUGCUCUUAAUAUCCCUCCCAGCAUUGAUGUGCUAUAUUGUGAGCAAGAGGUUCAGGCUAGUUCGAUGAAAUCUAUAGACGUUGUUCUGAAGGCUGACAAGAAACGUGAGGCAUUGUUAGCAGAGGAAAAACGGUUAAUGGCAGAGAUCGACAAAGGCAACACAAGUCUGAAUGACAAAUUAAAAGAGGUGUAUGAGGAAUUAAGUGCUAUUGGAGCAGACGCAGCGGAGGCUAAAGCGCGGCGAAUCCUGAACGGUUUGGGAUUUACAAAAAACAUGAUGGAGAGACCGACACUGGACUUGUCGGGAGGCUGGAGAAUGAGAGUAUCACUAGCCCGAGCCUUGUUUCUAGAGCCCACACUGCUGUUACUGGAUGAACCCACUAAUCAUCUGGAUCUGAACGCGGUCAUUUGGCUGGACAACUAUCUCCAGCAAUGGAAGAAAACUCUGCUUGUUGUGUCUCAUGACCAGAGCUUCCUUGACAACGUCUGUACAGAUAUUAUUCAUCUGGAUCAGCAGAAGCUGUUUGAAUACAGAGGCAAUUAUUCUAAAUUCAAGAAGAUGUUGGUGCAGAAGAGGAAGGAACAGCAGAAGGAAUAUGACAAACAGGAGAAGCGACUGAAAGAAUUGAAAGCAUCGGGAAAAUCUGCCAAAGCUGCUGAAGCCAAACAGAAAGAGGCUCUGACGAGAAAACAGCAGAAGAACAAAACAAAGCAGAGCAUGAUGGAUGAAGAUGAUAAACCUACAGAACUUCUGCAGCGACCACGGGAAUACGUCGUCAAGUUUACUUUCCCUGACCCCCCAGAACUGAGUCCACCCAUUUUGGGAGCUCAUGGUGUGUCUUUUAACUAUCCUGGAAUGCCGCUGAUAUUCAAAGAUCUGGAUUUUGGUAUUGACAUGUCGUCAAGAGUUGCAAUUGUUGGCCCAAAUGGUGUCGGAAAAAGUACCUUUUUGAAAUUGUUAACUGGAGUUUUAGAGCCUACGAAAGGUGAAGUGAGGAAAAACCACAGAUUGAGGAUAGGUAAAUACGAUCAGCACUCCGGAGAUCAACUGAACCUGGACGAAUCACCUGUGGAGUAUUUACAGAGGCUAUUUAACAUGGAUUACCAGCUAGCGAGGAAGACACUGGGAAGGUUUGGACUGGCCAGUCAUGCGCACACUAUCAAAAACGGGGACCUGUCUGGAGGUCAGAAGUCACGGGUGGCAUUAGCGGAGUUGUCCUGUAGAGCGCCGGACGUUCUCAUCCUGGACGAACCUACCAACAACCUGGAUAUUGAGUCCAUCGAUGCUCUGGCAGAGGCCAUUAAUGAGUAUAAAGGAGGCGUCAUCAUUGUGACUCACGACGAAAGGUUGAUUCGGGAGACAGAAUGUCAGCUUUGGGUUGUCGAAGACAAGACAAUCAAUGAAAUAGAGGGUGAUUUCGACGAAUACAGACGCGAACUUCUGGAGACGUUAGGGGAGGAGAUAGCACCACCUGCCGGGCAAACUUGAUGAAAGCAGAAGUAUUUAGACAUUUCAUUGUUGAAUUAAUGAACAGGAGAAAUUAUGGAUCGCAUCAAAAGCCUGAGGGAAAAAAAAACCCUGAAACUUGGUUCCAACAUUUCUAAGUGUGAAAGUGGUACGAUGUUGAAAUGUUUCCAGUCCAAGAAACUGGUUUGCACAUUGUUUUAUUGCACAGAACAUUAGUCCAGUUGUAUGACGAGUUCUAAAGAACAGUAAAAUAUCACAGAAUAUUUCUGGAAAAUAUGAAUAAACAAAUAUACAGCUCAUUUUAUGGCUACUUUUACAGUAUGGACCUGUUCAGUAGAAAAAGUUUUUAAUUGUGCAAAUCACAAAAAGAUCAUGUGACACCCAUGUGGCAUCUUCCAGCCAAUCAGCCGUCUAUGUAAUCUCUCAUCUCAGGUUUAGGGUUUCUCUGGUUUUAGAUGUAUUACAUCUAAUCUCUGAUGACUGAGUUGUACAUUUAGCUUGAGACUAGGAGUUUGUUUGAAAGGUAGGAUGCAAUCCUAUUCAGAACAAGCGAUUAAUGUCCGCCCCGAAAGCAAUAUUUUAUGACCCAUAGUUGCUCCUAAAAAUGUUCUUUCAUAGGGAGUAAUUUACCAUAUUUCUCAGUCUUGUCAUUAUCUGAAUUUCCAGCCCUUUGCCCUCUAUGUCUCAUUAUAGAAUCAUAAAGGCUCUAUUUUGGGUGACAAAAUUGAUAUCUGAAUUUCCAUUCAGUCGUUAGCUAAUUAUGGAAACAAGAAAUUUGAGAUUUUAUCAUGCUGCAGUUAGUCAUACAAUUUGAGGAAAAGUUACAAGUGCUGUCAAAUAAUAAGAAAAAAAUGUGCUGUCUAUUUAAAAUAAAUUUUUGGAAACAAAAAUGGAAU